UUAACUCGGGAGGAAUAUAGGGAACAGGUCACUGGGUUGUCAAAGGUUCUACCACAGCAACAGAGGUUCCUGGAUAAUCCACUACCUUGUGGUUUUUCGCAGUAAAGUGAACCUCUUAAAACUGCUGGCUGGGCCGGGUGGUGGUGGCACAUGCCUUUAAUCCCAGCAUUUGGGAGGUAGAGGCAGGUGGAUCUCUAUGAGUUUGAGGUCAGCUUGAUGUACAAGAGCUAGUUCCAGGACAGUCUCUAAAGCUACAGAGAAACCCUGUCUCGAAAAGUCAAAAAUAAAGAUAAAAAGCACUGCUGGCUGGGCCUAGGAGUGUAGCUGGGCAGCAGAGCACUCGUGUAGCAAGCACAAAGCACUGCAUUGGAUUUCCAGCACAAAGAACAAAACCUCUGUUUGGGUUCUGUCCGUGUGUCUUGUUCCCUUAGGUCACAGAGGUCUAUAGUAAGGCAGAAACCUGUCCGUUGUGACUGUCUUCCCAUUAUCAGUAGCCCGAAGGGAAAAGCCUGCUAAGGUCUCCUAUCUCUGCUCCAACCUUUGGGAAGGCAACCCUGCCUUCUGUUAGUUGCUUUCGUGGAAUGCUGGGAGUUCAGGUUGGAGCCUCAUAGGAAAUAUCUACUGCCGAGCUAUAUGCUCAGCCCCAGCAUUUUUCUUCUUCAAUGAAGAAAUUUCUAACCAAGGGUGUUUUUUUUUUUUUUUUAAAUAAUGCUAGUUUGAGCCCAGCCUGGUAGUAUUUUUACUCCCAGCACUUGGAAGCCGAGACAAGAAGAUCUCUGUGAGUUCCAGUAUUCGGUCAUUAAGUGUGGGUUUGCCUUUUUUGUUGUUUUGUUUCCAUUUGGUUUUUGGUUUUUUCAAGACAGGGUUUCUCUGUGUAGCCCCAGCUGUCCUGGAUCUCUCUCUGUGGACCAGGCUGGCUUGACUCACAGAGAUCCGCCUGCCUCUGCCUCCCAAGUGCUGGGAUUAAAGGUGUGCGCCACCGCCUAGAUUGUUGGGUCUUAUGAUCACAGUGUACUAACAGUUUACUUGAAGAGAACACCACAAAUACUCAUUUCCAGUGGAUAUUAGGGUGGAGCAAGGGAGGAAAGAGAGAACAUGGUUGGAAUGAAAUGGGUAAGGUGAAAAAUGAGGGAAAGAGAAAGGAACAAGAUAGUAUCUGCGACACGCAAGGGACACUGUUUGCUGACUCCAGAUGAGGAUCACAGCUGUGACAGCCACUCCCAUGCCCCUUAUAGCCAUGCUGAUCUUCCAGUCAGUCACUCCACAGGCCAGACCCCUGUGUGCUUCCCAGGCCUCUGAGAAGCUUGCUAUCCCCCGCCUGUAGGAGUCCUUCACUCAUUCUAACUUGAAUUAAUGUUUAUCCCAAGCAUGUUUGACCACGGGUUGAGAGAGCAUUCCCUCAGUUUGACCACAGGUUGAGAGAGCAUUCCCUCAGGGUGCGUCCGUGUCCUGCAGCCUCAUGGCUGGAGGACGUGCUCACAGUGCAGUGUCUGCUCAGAGCUCCUUGGCAGGGUGACUGGUGACCUGCUCAUCCCUUGUCUGUCCCUAGGGUGGAAAGGCUGCUCUGACACCAUGGGGAGCUGCUGUAGCUGCCUGGACAGAGACAGCGUACCACACAACCACCCUACCAAGUUCAAGGUGACUAAUGUGGACGAUGAAGGGGUGGAGCUGGGCUCAGGGGUGAUGGAGCUGACCCAGAGUGAGCUGGUGCUGCACCUGCACCAGCGGGAUGCUGUCCGCUGGCCCUACCUCUGCCUGCGGCGCUAUGGCUAUGACUCCAACCUCUUCUCCUUUGAGAGUGGCCGCCGCUGUCAGACGGGCCAGGGGAUCUUCGCUUUCAAGUGCUCACGGGCUGAGGAAAUCUUCAACCUGCUGCAGGACCUCAUGCAGUGUAACAGCAUCAGCGUGCUAGAGGAGCCAGUUAUCAUCACACGGAGCAGCCACCCCCCAGAGCUCGAGCUUCCUCGAGGGCCCUCACAACCCACUGGCUACACUGUCUCCAGCCUCUCCAAUGGCUGCCCUGGCUGCCCUGGAGAGGGCACACGGUUCUCCGCUCCCCGCCGACCCUCCACAAGCAGCCUCCGACAUCCCACGCUUGGGGAAGAGUCCACCCACACCCUCAUUGGCUCCGAUGAGCAGUCCCACACCUAUGUCAACACACCAACUGGUGAAGAAGACCACCGCAGGAGUCGCCACUGCCUGCAGCCACUGCCUGAGGGCCGGGCACCCUUCCCACAGACCCGGGUUUCCAACCAGCGGGACCCACAGGUGUUCUUACAGCCAGGGCAGGUCAAGUUUGUGUUGGGCCCCACGCCGGCUCGGCGGCAGGCGAUGAAGUGCCAAAGCCUGUGUCCCAACAUGCAUGACCCUCCCCAUCACAACAAUAACGAGGGCCCUUCUGAGUGCCCAGCCCAGCCCAAAUGCACCUACGAGAAUGUCAGCGGGAGCUUGCGGCAAGCAGCUGGCUGGAGACUGAGCCCAGAGGAGCCAGGGUGGAAUGGCCUGGCCCACCGUAGGGCCGCACUACUGCACUACGAGAACCUGCCCCCGCUUCCCCCUGUGUGGGAGAGCCAAGCUCAGCAGCUGGGCCGGGAGGCCGGGGAUGAUGGGGACUCCAGGGAUGGGCUUACACCAUCCUCAAAUGGCUUCCCCGAUGGUGAGGAGGAUGAAACCCCACUACAGAAACCUACCAGCACCCGGGGCUCCUCUACCCGUAGCCACAGCAACUUCCCUGUCCCGCUGACCCGACGCCGAGGCUCCCCAAGAGUCUUCAACUUUGAUUUCCGCCGGCCUGGCCCUGAGCCCUCAAGGCAGCUCAACUACAUCCAGGUGGAGCUCAAGGGCUGGGGCACAGACCAUCCUAAGGGGCCCCAGAACCCCGCAGUGUCCGGAGCUCCUGGGCCCACCCCACACCCUGCUCGCAGCUCAGACUCCUAUGCCGUGAUUGACCUCAAGAAGACCGUGGCCAUGUCCAACCUGCAGAGGGCUCUGCCCCGGGAUGAUGGCACCGUCAGGAAGACUCGGCACAACAGCACCGACCUGCCUCUGUAGACCUGGUCCUUCCCCGCCCGCCUCCUGCAGAGAAACCUCCACCUUACCCACCAGCCCUGGACUCAGCUGCUUUGCAGACACUGGGGCGGACCAGAUGCUUCUCUGCAUUGCUGGAGUCCCCACAGAUAUCAGCCACUGAGUGUCCAGUUCCCCAAGCUGGGGAGAGGAGAGGGUGAGCUGGAGAGGAGGGAGCCAUGGUGUAAACUGUGAAGGGUUCCCAAGGUUGCAUUUAGCACCCUUCCCUAAUGUCCAUUUGUCUAGUCUGUCAGCUGUCUGUCUGUAUGUGUUUUCCCUUUUUCUUUUUUCUUCUUCUUUUUUUUGGUUGGAGUUUUGAAACAUUUUGUACCUGUUGGUUUUAUUUAUCAGUUUAUUUUUCUAUUUAUUGUUUUAAAUGUAACUUAACAUAUUUAUUAUUAAUAUAAUUAUUUUUAAAUUCUG